AUGGAAAAUUUAAACCAAUCUACACAACACACCAACAAGGAAGCUCAACAUGAUGUGCAUGUUGGCAGCCACGAAGAUUGCGAGACGUUGCAGGGUGCAACCCUUGAGAUUCUUAAUGCGUCGAAGAAUUUGAAACAUGUAUUUGAAACUUCGGCGACCAGACUGAAGGAGCUCCUGGAGAAGAACACAGAGUUGCCCGAGACAUGGGCUCACGCCAACGCUGUUUUGAUACGGGCGACCUCACGUGAACAGACGAAGCUGUUAAAUGAAUUAAUCGAAAGCUUAGAAAAGUGUAACAAUAAGGCAGAUGAAGGGCACAAAGGACUACUGCAACUCCACUCGGUAGGUUUCAUUGACUUAUAUAUGAUUAACAAAAUGUGUGCUUUUCAGUAGAGGGAUCGUUGAUAUAACUUAAACAUUUAUUUAAAUAAAAAGCUGAAUCAGUAUUAAAACUCAUGGACUUGAGUCAAAACUCAACAUAAGUGAAACAAUUUUAAACUUAUAAUAGUCCAAUAAUAAAUACCAAAAUGAUAAAAUUGAAAGUGUGCUGACUUCUUAAAGACUAAUUUUUUAAAAAAAUUUUGCAACCCAUAAGUACUUUAAUUAUAUUUAAAUUUUUUUAAAGAGUGCAGAAUUGAUAAACCCAAAGAUGAUUGACCUUCUAAUGAUUGGCAGUGCUGGAAAUGGCAAAAGUGCAACCGGAAAUUCCAUUCUCGGGACAGUAGCUUUUCAAGCAACAGCAGGUAUGUCUGCCACACGAACGUCCCCCAUAAAGGCCACUGCAAAAUUUGAAGAUCUUACCGUCACUGUCGUGGACACGCCUGGCGUUGAUACAAAUGGCAAGAGCAAGUUGGAAGUGUUAGAAAUGUCACUCAAUUCCAUCAGAGCAUCUCUUGAGCUUUGCAACUACAGUUUUACAGCACUGCUCAUUGUCAUCAAAUUCGGAGCCAGAUUUACUCAACACGAGAGUGACACUAUCAAAAUUAUCCGUGGCGUCCUCGGCAAUGACGUCAUUCAGAAAUAUGGCGUGUGUGUUGUUACUCACGGUGAUAACUUCGAGUUUGAGAUAGAAGAAGAGAAAGUGAAUGGAACCGCCAUGACAUUUGAGGAGUGGUGUCGAGAACAAGUAGGAGAAAUAGGAGAUAUCUUUAAGGAAUGCAACUUCAGAUGUGUCUUGUUCAACAACAGAACCAAAGACGAAACCAAGCUGAAAAGUCAAGUUGAGAAUCUUAUAUCUUUCUUAAAAAGAGAUCAGAAAUACUCAGAAAUUGAUUUCGUCAUGGCUGAAGAAGGUCUUUCUAAAUUGACACAGGAUCUCUUCUUACCCGAAGUUCUUCUACAAGCAAAUGAAUUUGUUAACAAAAUUAGAUCGGAGCUCGUUAAACAUUCUAAUUCAAAAGAUCAAACUCAAAAGCUGGAACAAAUUCUAGGGGAGCUACUCGAGCGCAAACAUUUGAUGAAAUCUGGGAACUGGGAAACAUCAGCACAAGAUCUAUUUUUUAAAGUUAUUGAGCCUUUAGAGAUGGAACUGAAAUCAAAGUUAAAGUUACUUUGUCUUACCCCGGAGAAAAAAUGUUUUAAUGGCAGUACUGUUAAUGUCGAGACAAAGGAACCGACAGCCGCACCAAAUUUCAAAAGCGAUUCUUUGGGAAUUCAAAAUAAACCGACCAUAGAGAAGACGGUAUUUGAUGGGAAACCUAUUUUAGCGUCUAGAGAGCCAAAUUGUACAACGGAGUUGGCUAAAAUCCGGAAAGAGGUGGAAAAAAUAAAGCAGAAACGUGAAGAUCCCGCCACGUUGGAAAAAUUGAAAUCACAAAUAAGUUCUUUGAAAGAAAGACAUAAACACUUUUUACAAUCGGAUUCAGGAAAGGAAAGUAAGAUGGAAAUAUAUCGAAUUCAAACGGAAAUAGCGGAUUAUCAGACCACUUUCAUCCAAAAUACGAAAAAGUCACGUUUUACCAAAGCUGUAUCUUGGCUGGGAACUUUCAUUCGAU